UUAAAACUGCUUAAAGACUUUAUAUUAUAGGUGGCGUUUGCUGUACAAAAAAAUAUAUUUAUUCAGUAUAAUAACAAAUAUAUAAAACUAUAAAAGCAGAGCGAAAAAGUAGAAACCGGUUAGUAAACGGUUACUACUAUGACAACGAGUUGACAAACUUAUAUAAAAAUUGAUUUUCGAUCGUUCUUUAUUGAAUAUUUUUAUCAUGCCUACUAUAGGUAUAACAAUACACUUUUGAUAAGUUGUCUUAAUGUUGACACUGGUUGGGGUCUGUUUAAAUAAGCCCCAUUCUCGAUAAGAAUAGUCUUAAAAAAAAAACUUUUAAAAAUGGAGAAGAAAUUGCGGUUUGAAGACAGUUUAGAUCUUGAUAAGACCAUUCCAGAUUUAAUUGAACAAUCCCCGAACGGUUUGGUAUUGAAGUUAUGCAGCUCAUCACUGUCAAAAAUUCCCAAUGGUAAGUGUUUUCAACCUGUUGGUAGGUCGAUCACGUGAUAAUAAUAAGAAAAAGUUAUAAAAAUCAAUUCAAUUAAGAAAAAAGAGAGGUUACUGUAUAAAAUUCGAAUUGUGCUUGGUCAUUAUCGAAAAGGAUAACGUAUCCUUUAAAGAUGAAAGGAGUUGCGGCGCAAAAUUAUAUAAAAAUAUACAAAAAAAACUUGCUUAUACCAUUCGAAAUUUGCUUAGAAACGUUUAGUAUACAAAUUUACUUUAACAGAGUACUAAACUGCCGGUGAAAAUAUUGAUUUUUCUAAAAACUUGUUUACUUUUUACAGGAGUUUUCUCUUCAUCAGAUAUAGCAAAGGAGCUAUCGAGUCUUAUUCUUAAUGAUAACUCUUUAGAGGAAUUAGAUAAUGAUAUAUAUAAAUUGAAAAACUUACAGAUACUUAGUGCAGAAAAUAAUCGAAUUCAUAUUGUGAAUAGUGCUAUUUACGCCUGCAAAAAUUUGCAGAUUAUCAAUCUCUCCCAUAAUGAUUUAACAGAUCUGCCGAAUGAUCUCGUUUUUCUAUCACAAUUAAAACAACUUAUCGUUACACAUAAUCAGUUAGAAGAACUACCCAAAGUUGUGUACAAGUUGAAAGGCUUGGAAUUACUAUCUAUGGCUUCUAAUAAGAUAAGAUACUUAUCUGAUGAAAUUUGCCAGCUACAGAAGUUAAUUGAUUUCGAUCUUGGUGAUAAUGAAUUGACGUGUAUCAAUUCGAAAUUGUUUACUAUACACUCCCUAAAAACUCUGGCUGUCCAAGGUAAUCAGCUCAGGAACGUUCCUCAUCUAAUGGAGGAUGGAGUCUGUUUAAGAAAACUUGAUCUAUCGAACAACAACUUUGAUUUUAUACCAGUUGAAAUUUUAGAGUUAAAGUCUCUCCGACAUCUAAAUAUGUCGGAUAAUCAAAUAAUGCGAAUUGAUUGGAAUGAAAGAAUGACCAAUUUAACGAGUGUUUUAGAAAUGAACCUUAAAGGAAACGACCUAAAUUACUUUUCUCCUUUAAUUUUACAACCGCUACGUGAUACUUUAAAAAUAUUGAACCUGAAUGAGAAUAAACUUGAUUGUUUGCCACAGCAAAUUGGUGAUUUAUACUAUCUUGAAGAAUUGUAUGCAGAAAACAACUUAAUAAAGGAAAUUCCAGAUGAAAUAGCUUUUUGCACUAAAUUAAGAAUAAUCAAUCUAAAUCAGAAUAAAAUCGAUAGUUUACCAGUCGAAAUGAAAAGAUUAAAUAAUUUACAUAUUUUGGAAUUAGCCAAUAACAAUAUUUCAUUAUUUUCGAAUACCUUGGCAACUUUAACAUCGUUGAAAAAGUUAAUUCUCUCCCAUAACGAAAUUGAAGAUUUACCACUUGAAAUGUCUAAUUCAACUGGUAUGGAAUAUCUUGACCUGUCGUUUAACAAGUUUAAAACACUUCCUUACUGCGCCUACAGUAUGAUCAAGCUAAAAGUCUUAAAUCUACAAAAUAAUCAAUUGUCAUUACUACACGGAGAAGUUGGUAAUCUUUUCGAAUUAGAAGAAAUAAGGCUGGAUGAAAAUAUUCUAGAGAUAUUACCGAAGGAAAUGUGCAAGCUAAGUUUAUUAAGGCAUCUCUCCGUUUCCAAUAAUCGUCUUGGUAAACUUCCUAAAGAGAAAUACCUAAGGAAAUUAGAAGUUUUGGAAUAUCUAAACGUAUCGGGAAACUACUUUGAAUCAUUUCCAAUUCAGAUAAAAUCAUUAAUUAAUCUUAAGUCAUUAAUAUAUAAUCAGUACGAUAGAAACCAAAAAUUAGAAGAACUUCCCGAGGAGCUAUCACAGCUUUCUAAUUUAGAAAACGCAGAGUUUAAGUAUAAUGCUAUAUGGCAAAUAGACGCUGAGCCUUUAAGCCAUUUACCAAAAAUAAAAAGCAUUCAUCUGAAUAAUAACAAGAUUGAGAGGAUUACCGAUGAAUUUUGCAAAGCGGAGAAUAUUCAAAACAUUCAAGUUCUAAGUCUAAAUGGAAAUUUGUUGACAAACCUUCCGUUAAAUUUCGAUUUAUUAGCUAAUUUAAAGCACUUGGAUUUGGAGGAUAAUCCUGUUCGAUUACCUCCUUCAACUGUAUGCACAGCCGGUAAUGUAAGAACGAUAGGCUCCUUUAUUAGAAGGGCAAUAUCAAGAAACGAUGCCCUUUUAUUAAGAGCUUUUGAAUUGUUAAAAGAUAAGAUGAAUAAACACGAACUUCGCUAUUUGGCUCACAAAUUUCGACUACCGGAAGUAGAAGUAACCGCAAUAGAAAAGAAGCACAACGCAAAACAGGAAUUACAUCAACGAGUCUUGGCAAUUUUACAUCUAUGGAGGCAAGAGAAUGGCGAAGAGGCAAACGUUGAAAGACUAAUUCAUAUACUAUACAUCAUUGGACUAGAAGAAGCUGCUGAACUGAUUCGUGCUAAUCUCAUUUAUACUCAAAUCGUCAAAUUUUAAUAAAAUAAACUAGUGCCUUUUCAUUCAGUAUUAAGAUUACUGCUAUUUAUAAAAAUAUUAAUAAUCUACUUCAACAAAGAUUAACUAAUCAAUAAUUAAUAUAUAGAAUGUUUUUA